GCUGGGUUCCCACUUCAGGUCCCAUUCACUCCCGAGUACGAGUCUGUUUCCUCCUCAAUCCCGUGUCCCCGCUUCGUAUAUAUAGCCCAACCCUCCAUAUCAGUAAACACUUACUUCCCCUCACCACUCUCAGUAUCUGCUUCAUUCCAACUCAACAGCUAUCGCAGUAUCCCUGUGCAGACGUCCUCCCAUGAACUCUUCCUCUUAUCUCUCCCACCCCAACUCCUUUAGCUUCGACUUCACCGAGCCGCCUUUCUCGUUGCUGCUGUCCCACCACCGGAGCGCAGCCCCCGGGAACUUCUCUGGGGAGGAGGUGUGCCUCGCGUCCGACCACCCGAAGAAGCCUGCCGGCAGGAAGAAGUUCCGGGAGACACGCCACCCCGUGUACCGGGGGGUGCGGCUGCGCGACUCGGGAAAGUGGGUCUGCGAGGUCCGCGAGCCCAGAAAGAAGUCGAGGAUCUGGCUUGGCACCUUCCCCACCGCAGACAUGGCGGCGAGGGCGCACGAUGUGGCGGCGCUCGCACUAAGGGGCCAGUCCGCCUGCCUCAACUUCGCAGACUCCGCGUGGCGGCUGCCGGUGCCGGCGUCACCCAACACCAAGGACAUACAGAAGGCAGCAGCCAAGGCCGCGGAGGCAUUCCAGCUGGUGGAAUCCGAGGAUGUGAUGUCGGGGAACGAGAAGAAGUUGCAUUCGGAAGAGGGAGUGUUGUACGACGAGGAGGACAUCUUCGGAUGCCUGGGGUUGCUCGCCAAUAUGGCGGAGGGGAUGCUCUUGUCUCCACCGGAAUGCAGCGGAGAUAUAUAUGCCGGACUGGACGACGGGAACUUGGACGCGUACGCGUCAUUAUGGAGCUAUUCCAUGUGACCAUUUCUCAAUUUCACUUUAAGUGUUUUGUCAUUAGGGACGACUUUGAUAUCCCACUUAGUAAGUGUUUUAAUAGAGUGUGGAUAAAAGUUGAAGCGUACGAACACAGAUAUUUUCGGAAGCCAUUUUUGUGGAGUGCCAUUAGAGAAAAAAGCUGUGUUCACCGCAACGUCGGGCGUUUGCAUGUAGUUAAUAAAGAAACUGCCCGAGUCAACAUGAAUUUGAGAGAAGUGGUUUUCAGACUUACCCAAUUUAUCUUCGAAUGUAUCAUGUCUAUGGCAAAGGUACGCCAACGA